AUGGUGUCAGUGAAAAAGAAGAAUUGCUCCUUGAGAUUGUGCAUUGACUAUAGGGAAGUCAACAAUAGUACAAAGCAAGAUGCAUAUCCGUUGCCGCGGAUUGAUGUCCUCUUCCAAAGCCUGGAGGGAAAACGAUAUUGGAAAAUACCGAUGUCGGAGGAAGCUGUCGGAGAAAGGAAAUGCGCAUUCAUGACAUUGGAAAGGCUUUUCCAGUUCGAAGUGCUUCCAUAUGAAUUGCGUACCUCGUCCCCACGAUUCUAG